AUCUCCUCCCCUCCCGAGUCCAUCGCCAUCCCCCGAAACCAUCCGUCACAUAUACAACUCCUCCAUCCCAAUUCCCAUUCCCAGGCGCAGCGCGACAAGAAGAAGAUCAAGCAGCAGCAGCAAAAGCUAGCGGCAAGGCAAGGAGAUCAAGAGAAAUGGCAACGGCGGCGGGGAGCAUCCAGCAGGGCCACGGCGCCCGGUUCGCGGCGGCGUGCGACGUGCUGAGCCGGUACGUGAAAGCGGCAGCGGCAGCGACGACGACGACGCCGGUGGAGCAGCCGCGGCCGUUGCCAGGCACGGUAGUAGGGGUGGUACUCCCUCUGAUGCCCGGCGCGGACCUGUCCACGCAAGCAGAGGAGCUGGCCGAGGCGGCGGAUCAAGCGGGGCCGGCGCCGAGAGCGCAGCAGCUGAUGACCAUCUCGUACGGCGGGCGUGUGGUGGUGCUCGACGACGUCCCCGCGGACACGGCCGCCGAGCUGCUCCGGCUCGCGGCCGCCGCCGCCGCGCCGCGGGUGCUGCGAGCGCCGGAUGAUCUGCCCAUGGCGAGGAAGGCGUCGCUCCGGCACUUCAUGGAGAAGCGCAAGGGCCGGGUCGCCAAGCGCGCUUCGCCCUACAGCCGUCCGGGUGAUGCUGGAGCCGCCGCGGCGUCGUCGUUCCCGGACCAUCUCGCCCUCUCGCUCUGAGACAAUACUAGUACAUACAGUACAGUUUGUACUACCCCUAUACUCUAGUAGGUGUUUGUUGAUUGUACAGGCCGGGGAAAAACUCUACUAUUUCAGUUCUGAGGCUUUGUUUAGAUCUGUAGCACUUUCAUUUUUAUUUGAUAAAUAUUGUUCAGUUAUAGAGUAA